AGUGAUCUUUAUUUGAUUUGUACAUUCUGCUUCCAAUCUGGGAAUUUUUCCACCAAAAAAAAAAAAACUUGGCUGAAAUAUAGUCAGAAUUUAUAUGUACUUUUAUAAUGGGCUCCAACAAAAAGUCUCAGCCUUUUUUCAAAAUUUCACUUGCAUAGCUAGUAACCUGAUGGCUCGAAAAUCAUUAAGUUUUCCAUACCUCCUGAAACAAUUUCAAUAUGCUCUCUUUUGACAUAUCUUCCCAGAUUACUAGGUUAAAUUUGGAGGUCUUUCCAGGCCACCAAUGCUGUGAUAGUCUAUUUCCAGAAUCUGGCAGCAAGGCAGGCACCAUUUUAGUGUAGACCUUUUAAGUAGGGAAAUGGCAAGGAAGACGACUGCCAAAGUAACAGCAGAAGCAUCAUAGUGUUGGUGAGAGAAUGCAGAGGAAGGAAAUUUCCACUUAAGGAGCUUUUUAAAAGAGAAGAUGUUUGGGGAAUAGAAUGCCCCAAAAAGACUCACAAGUCAAAACCCACAACAGGAUUCGGUAGUUUACAGAUCCUACCCUGAAUUAUCUCUGAGGCAAUCAUUUCAGAACCCCCAUGGUGGUGUUGCCUGUAUCUGGGGAUUUUGCUUCUCACUGUCUUUCAUCACUUUCACUACCCCCACGAAAAUAUCCUCAUAAAAAGGGAGGUAGAAGUGAGUCAGCCUCUAACGUACAAUUUAACUCUCAACUCCUGCAAAGGCUCGGGUCGCUGGAGGUGCCAGGGUUCCUACCCGCCGCGAGCAGAAACGCUUGGAGCAGGAGGGGCAGCCAGAGCCUCCUAUUGGUUGCUCGAGAGCCCCGCCCCUCACCGCCCCGCCCCCUGGUUUCUGUCGCGAAGGACGCUGUGUCUGUUGGUUGUCAAGAUGGCGUCGGCGUCGGCGGAGUCGCUGCUGCCACCUCUCCCGUUGUCAAGCCAGUUCGCUGCCACUGCUACCGUCGCCACCACAGCCACCAGCGCCGCUGCGCGAGAAUCAGAGCUGCGGCUGUCAACCCUUCCGCGCCCGUGACUCGGGCCCUGAGACAGAGUGUAGGGAGGGGCCGAGGAAGAGGAGGAGGAGGAAGUGGGAGCUGCCAUGAGGGAGGCGCGAGGGGCGAGCCGGGAGACGGUGCUGAGGUGAAGGAUGCUGGCCUGGAGGCCGGGAGCCCGGAGCACGGUCGCGGGACUGGGCGCUGAAUCUUCGGACACCCGUGACAGACCCCCGCUCAGCCCUCGGUUUAGUGGCGGGCAUCAUCGACCUGGUGCUUACCUGUAUCCUUGGUUGCCGGGGUAGCGUGUUGGAAACGGGACCCAUCUUUUUUCUCAUUAGAUUCCCAUUACCACUGACGAAGAGAUAUGAAAAUACAUCUAGAGAAAAAUUUAGAAGAAGAACGCCAAAUAUUACUGCAGCAACAAAAAAUAUGUCGAAAUCGAGCACGUAAAUAUUUUGUGGAGUCAAACCGGAGAAAAAAAGCUUUUGAGGAGAAACGAAAAGAACAAGAAGAAAGAGAACACCAAAUCAGAGAACAAAUACUUCAACAAAGAAAACAGAAGUUUGAAGAAGUUACUGAAAAAUUCCAGCGUGCCCAUAUUCCUCUUUCACAGAGGAGGAGAGCAGUUUUUCAAAAACCAGUUCCUCCAUUAGAAGAAGCCCUCAAACAAAUUCAAGAACCCAAUUUAAAAUCAAAAGUGAACUUUCCCUCUUCGCACAGACCAACAAUAAACUGGAGAGCUAUAGAUAAUGCCUUGCCUUCAUCAUUGUCAAAAAAUGAUCAUAAACAUCAGAAACAUCUCUUAUCCAAAAUCAAUCGUGAUAAAGAAAUGAAGGAAAACAGCAGGACGAACUUGGCUGCUAACAAAGAUGUGUUCCAGCUUAAACUGGUGGAAACUCAGAAACUACUAGAAGAUCAGCAUCUAAGCAGCUUGCAAAAAUUUUGUGAUGAAGUUAAUCAGAUAACAAAUUCUGAAACUCUUUCAAGUAUAGACAGUCUUGAGGCUGGAGAACAUGAAGAAAUAUAUUUAACACUUAUUAAUAAGGAGCCUUCUAAAUCAAUCCAGAAGAAUUCUAUUUUCCUCAAAUCAGCAAAUCUACAAUCAACUAAUCUAAGCCUCUUUGAUGAAGAUAAACUGUCAUUCUCUAAAACUCAACAUAUAAAUAAUUGGCUAAUAAAUUUAGAUGAUCCAAAUACUCAAACUGCCACACCUUUCUCAGAUAUUUUAAGUAAGCCUAAUGUUCUACCUUCAUAUGAAUGUUUUAAUAGUAAAGAAGAAAAUUCUUCUGCUCUAAGAACUGUGGAAAGAACCACAGAUACUGCUAAUAAUUCAAGAGCCUUUGUAUCUAGUCCACCCACACAUGUACAAGAUAAAAGUGAAAAGACCUCUGAAACUAGCACUAUGAGGAUAGCUGAUUCUUCUUCUGAGGCAUUCAAAAGAGAGAGACCAUUAGUUAGUGAGAGCCCAACAUUUAAAUUCAGCAAAGCAUGGAACACUUCAGAUUCUCUAACCCAGGAAAUGGCUACAAUUUCAGACCAAGAGAAAUAUUCUGAAUUAACUCAAGAAAAUAGAACUACUUCAGUUCCUACUUCAUUUUUACCUGUGGCAACACCUUUAGUUUUGCUCUCUAAUACACAAUCAGCUAGACCUUUACCAAAGAACAGUAUACAUAUAAAAGAAAUUGACCCAGUGCAGUGUUCUGAUAAGUUACAGGAACUGAAAGAUGUUAAAGAUGAAAAGAUAAAAUAUUUCAAUAGUAAUAAAGAGUUGCCUUUAUUUUCAAACAAUGUUCAAGCUGCCUAUAUACCUCACAACUCUGAUGCAAAAGAUAAAAAACAGAAAAUAACUGAAACAUCAACAUCAUCGUCUAAUGUAAUUUCUAAUUGUGACUUAGUUGGUCAGCACAAGAAAAUGAAAUACAAUAUUCAUGAAAGAAGUAGUGUGAGAUUUCUUAAAAGUAUUUUGAAGAAAGAAUCUAAAUACGAACAUGAUUAUUUUAAGGCACUAGUUAUAAAGCAGGGCUUUAAGUUGGGAAAUCAAAAAGCAGAAGCUAUCAAAGAUAGUAUCGAAUUAACAAAAGAAAAAGGAAACAGUGCAGAAAUUCCAAAGACUAUUAAAAAACUGAGGUGGUUUGAUGAAACUGGAGAUAUGGGGAGAAAUGCUGAAGAUAAUCAUUCACUGAACAGUGGAAUAGAAAUAUCUCAACAGUGGUCUCAACCAUUCCACAUUCAAACAGAAAGCGGUGCUGCCAGCAACAUAAUUAGUGUUCCUGCUUAUGCUGUGAAUUCUGCUGAUAGAAAAAAAUCUGAGGAUGAUUCCUCUGGAAACAUUGCUGCAUUGGGAGGAUCUGGAACAGACCAUGUGUCUUUGAACUCUUUUAUACCUUCAAGUCAUAACAUUGCUAAACAAGCCUGGCCAGCCUCAAAAAAAGAGGAAAGUAAAUCUUCUAUACAUAGCGGUGAUUCUAAAACUAAGAAAGGUAAUCCACAAAGAGGUGGAGCAAAAGUAAUCAGGACAAUAUCUGCUAAAGUCCAAUCAGGUUUUAUAUAUCCAAACAGAAAAGGCACUGUUAUUCGACCACAGUCUACGAGCAAGGCCAACACAUUUCUACAAGCUCAUGGUAAAUUAAUUGUACCUCAUCCUCCUCCUAAAUCUCCUUCAAAUAUUAGGAGUGAUAAAAACAUACAAGUUUCUCAGUGUCAAUCAGUAAUGCCUGAAAAUUCUCAAAACAUUAUUACAAAUAACUAUUUUAAUACAAAACCUGUGCUUCAAACAGAACACAAGUUGAAUCAGUGGACUCAAGAAAGUAGUCUUCCACUCUCACACAUUUGUUCUGACUUAGUCACUGUGAUGCCAUCUGUACCAUGUUGUUCUUCUGAGUGCCAGACUUCAGCAACAAUAAAUCAUUCACAUGGCACUCAAAUGGUUGCCCAGCAAGAAGGAACGUUAUAUUGCACCCAAAGAUGUCCUGUUUAUGAAGGAAGUCAUCACUCUGUGACUUUUAGAUCUACUAAAGAAGAAUCUGUUCCUGCAUGGAAAAGACGGCAUAAUAUUCUAGGUCAAAAUGAAAAGGCAGAUGAUUCGACUGUUAUGAGAAGAAAAAGAAUCGUUGAAAAUAAGCAGAAAAAUAAUUUAGAACAGAAAAAACAAAACCCUGGAUGUAUAGGACAGAAGUACAGUGAGAAAAUGAAUAAUUUUGGACAAAGUGUCCAGCUAAGUUCAUGUGAGUCAAAACAAACUACAAGGGGUACUUCUAAUAUUGAAAAAGUUUCAGAGAGUACUUCUGAAUUUUUGAUGGCUGAAAACUUAGUGAAAGCUUCAGUGCCUGAGGAUGAAAUUCUAACUGUCAUGAGUAGCAAGCAGCUACAGAAACCAAAUCUGGCUUUAAAUAAGACUCAGCAAUUCAAUAUCUGUGCACUAUCAGCUGAAGAACAGAAAAUCCUACAAUCCCUUAAUCGUCUCAAUGAAAGGUUAUACUAUAUGCAAGAAACCAUUUGCAAAAAUCCAUCGAUCAAAAAUACCUUACAAAUAAAGCACUUCUGGCUCUCAUCACCUCUCAUCUGGACUAUUUCAAGCUGAAUUUCUUACCUUUGGCACCAAUAAGGCUGCUAGAAUGACAUUUCUAAAGUGUGAGUAAAAUGGCCAGAGUGAAAAUCUAUCUUAUCAACCUCAUCUUAAAGGUUUUCAGAGCUUCCCCUUUGGCUACUGGAGAAUAUUUGCACUCUUUAGCACGGUAUUUAAGGUUCUUCAUAUUCUGAGUCCUCCCUGCUUACUUAGCAUCAUCUCUUCCUUCUUUUCUACCACAUCACUUUAUCCAAUAUACCAAACUCCUUAUAGUUUUCCAAAUACCAUGUUAGUUCAUGCCUCUCUGCUUAUAUAUAUACUAUACCCUUAGUUUGAAAUGCCUUCCCUCUCACUCUAGUUACACCGCCUAAUAAACUUUUAUGCAUUAUUUUAAAUUCUGCUCUGGUUAAACUUUCUCCAUUUUUUUCUAAUAAUUCUCUGCACUACCUCCUCUAUAUAAAUUAUGUCCUUUGUACCCUGAAUGUAAUUUUUUGUGUAUUUAUAUCUCUUCUUCUAGAUCAAGAGCUCCUGGAAAGUAGAGAUUAGCAUUCAUUUUUGUGCCCUUAUGAAUUAAAAUAGGGUACAUAGUAGCAGAUAAAAUAAUGAAUAAAGGAAAAAUUUUUUAAUGUUCAA